AUGUCUAGCAAAAAAGAUUUGUUUAAUAGUGCCUUAGAAGGUGGAUAUAUUAAAGAAUUUGAUUAUAACACAUUUGAAAAUAUUACAGAAAUCGCAAGAGGAGGAUUUGGUACAGUUUAUCGUGCUAAUUUAAAAAAUUUAGAAAAACAAAUUGCAUUAAAAAGUUUGCAUGGAAAUAUUGAUUUUGUUUAUGAAAGAUUCUUGAAAGAG